AUGCUGGCAAAAUUGGCGUGGCGCUUGUUCAAUAGGCCGGACUGCCUUCUUGCACACACACUGCUUGGGAAAUAUUGCCACAGCAAUAGCUUUCGCUCGGUCUCAUGUCCCACUUCCUCAUCUCAUGGCUGGAGGAGUAUCUUAACGAGCCGGGACCUCCUAGUGCGUCACUUAGGAAAGGCCAUCAGUAAUGGCGAGACAACGAAAGUGUGGGGAGAUUCUUGGCUCUCUACGACAGAGCACCUUGCAAUAUGUGGACCACCAAAUGAGACUGAUAGAGACUUGGUCGUUGCGGACCUAAUGCUGCGUGGUUCAGCUCGGUGGAAUGAAUCGAAUGUCGAAUCUAUCCUUCCCACAGUUGCUCAUUUUAUCUAUCAGAUCUUCCCAAGUUCUCUGAACGCCGAGGACAAGUUCUGCUGGCAGCGAACGAAGUCAGGUAUCUACAGUGUGCGCUCCGAAUACUACUCCAUGAUUGAGUGUACAGAGGCAACUACUAACCAAAUAGUAACCAACCGGGAGUUUAACUGGCACAAGAAUAUUUGGGCGGUAGAGACAACACCAAAACUUAGAUUGUUUCUCUGGAAGCUAGCACAAGGAGCGCUACCGCUAGGUGCUAAUCUCCAAACUAGGGGCUUAACAACAAACACCAACUGUCCCCACUGCAAUGCUCCAGAGACAGCGAUACACCUCAUCCUCCAUUGCCCAUUCGCUCAGCAAGUCUGGGAGCUUGCACCUAUCAGUCCUACCACAAAGUUCUUCAACUCAGUUUCCAUCUACCAAAUUCUUACGAUGGCUCCAGCACUCGUUUGCUUACCUCGUACUGGCAUUACCACUUAUCUCUUUUCUUGGAUUGGAUGGAACCUCUGGACCUCUCGUGCAACAAACCCCCGACCUACGAACCCGAUGCCGUCAACGACCAUCCUCCCCGCAUCCUUACCCCUGAAUACGGCUAUUUGCAACUCAGAUGCAGCAUGGUCACGUCAAACGUUGCGAGCGGGUUUAGGAUGGGUCAUAUCUCAUGAGAGCAGCUCACAUACACUCCAAGGAACUUCUGCCUGCGGUCAUGUAUCUUCACCCCUACUCACGGAAGCGCUUGCUAUCAGAGAAUCCCUCCGAGCCGCGAAGGAGGCUCUUCUUCCCAAAGUCUGGAUGCGAUCCGACUCUCAAGUGCUCAUUAGAGCAAUCAACUCGAAAACCUAUCCAAUGGAGCUCUUUGGGGUUCUAAUGGAUGUCGAGUUCCUAUCUUCUAGCUUCGAUUUUAUCUUGUUUUCUUUUGUACCAAGAGCUCAAAACUCUACCGCUGAUUCCCUUGCGAAAUCGGCCUUAGAUCAUGGCUCCUUCUCCCCUGUACUGAACUGA